AUGACUGCUUAUAUGGUCAAGCAGAGACUGCAUAUCAGUUUCUCAAAGGUGCUAGAGAGGAAUGAACUGACUAUCCAUAAGAUGUGCUUUGUCUACUUCCUCUCCUUGCUGGACAAGUCUUCUCUCAACUAUGCAAAUGCUUAUGGAUUGCAGAAGAACCUUAACCUCGUCGGUCGAGACUACUCCUGGAUCGCAUCUGUCACAAACUUCGGUUACCUCUUCGCAGCAUGGCUUAUGACUAUACUUCAGAAAUUCCCGAUUGGGAAAGUCAUUGGGAAUAUGCCGACUCUCUGGGGUAUCAUUCUAAUGUUCGCGACGCUGGCUAAGAACUUUGCUGGUAUGAUGAUGGCUUUGAGGAUUAUUCUUGGUGCCACGGAAGAUGGUAACGCACCCGCUUGGAUGCUCUUGACUACCAUGUUCCGGAUACGAGAUGAGCAGCCUCUGGGUUGUAACAUUGUUGACGCUGGUGUCUCGUGGGAUUUGGGACAUACGAAUAAUGCUACCCGUCGCCCGUGGCAGGUUGUCUUCAUGGUUCACCUCGCCUCCGUCUACUGCGUCAGCCAUAACCGGACUGGGGUCAAAAAUUCCAAAAUCCUCUGGUAUCAAGUACGCGAAGCAUUCGCUAACUCAAAAUGCUACUUAGUCUUUGCUUCCGCGGUGUAUCUCGAGACCAUCAAGGGCGCAACAGCGAAGAUCUGGACUACUAUCCUGAAGAGAUUUGGCUUCAGUGAUUUGAAGAGCGCCCUGUACCAGAUGCCCUGCGGAUCCUUUCAGUUAAGCGGCAGAAUAAUUGCAGGGAUGACCCUAAGCAAGUUGCUGAGUUCUCUGGUUACUAUUGUGUUUCUGGGUUAUGUCCCAGGUAUGGUUAGUCUGAUCAUGCCGACCACAGAUCUUUGUAUUAUCCUCAUCUGGCCUCUUGCUGCUGAAAAUCUUGUUGGACACAUCAAAUGCACCUUUGUUAAUGGCCUUGAGUUCGUCGGGUAUGCUGCGGGGAACAUAAUUGGGCCGUUUUUUGUGCAUACUUAUGCGAUACUUUUCAAUAUUCGUUUAGGACUAGUAAUGUUGGGGGAGAAUAGGAAGAGAUCGAGGGAUGGCCUGCCGAUAAUUUUGAGAUUGGAAGUGCUAACCGAUUCUAGCUUUCAUGAUUUCACGGAAUUUGAAAAUCGAAGAUUUAUGUACAAAUUCUGAAAUACCUUAUAAGCAAAUAUCGGAAAACUGAAGUUGAGAUCUCUUGAUUUGCACCAGCAGAUGGCGUGAAAUCGAGGUGGCGAUCCAUGGUUAGAACUUGCGCAGAGGGGGCUCUGAGAAAGGGAUGGGCUAAGGCGGUAUGACUAGAAUAUGUUUAGGGUC